UCUGUCUCUCUCUCUCUUUUUCUCGUGAUAGAAUCUCGAUUCGACAAAGGAAGAAGAUGGAAUCGAAAUAUAUGGAAUCAGAUGAGGAUGGGGUCGGAGGUGAUGCGUAGCGGAGGAGAUUGAAUCGGCGGAGGUGAUGUGUAGCGGAGGAGAUUUCGUGAUUAGAUUAGGAAGUAAUUGUUGACAUUUAAGAAAGCUGGAGAUGGCUCAAGAAGGGGGAAUUAUUAAUGAGUCGGUUAAUAUUAUUGAUACGCCUGGUCACGUUGACUUCACCAUUGAAGUGGAGAGGGCACUACGUGUACUAGACGGUGCGAUUCUAGUUAUGUGCAGUGUUGGUGGUGUACACAGUCAGUAUAUUACAGUUGAUAGGAAAAUGAGGAGAUAUGAAGUCCCCAGAGUUGCGUUCAUCAACAAGCUUGAUAUAAUGGGAGCAGAUCCAUGGAAAGUCUUGAACCAAGCAAGAGCUAAGCUUCGACAUCAUAGUGCAGCUGUGCAAGUGCCGAUUGGUCUAGAAGAAAAUAUCCAGGGUCUUGUAGACCUUAUUCAUGUGAAAGCUAAUUUCUACCAUGGAUCCAACAGUGAGAAUGUUGUGGCUGGUGAUAUUGCUUACUUUGUAGCCUGUAUCUAAACGAAGAAGCUGUCAAGUGGAAUGUUCUUUCUGGAACUUCUUAGUGCUGUAGAGCCAAGAGUUGUCAACUAGAGCCUCGUUACCAAUGGAGAAACAGACUUCUUGGUAUGUUUUGGAUUUAUUGGAAGGGUUGUGGGUACUAGCGGGGGCAAGAUUAAAUGGCAAAGAAGGAAGGUCGAAAAAGAAGCUCUCUCAUGCUCUGGCAAGCCGACCUCUCAUCAGUCCGUGAAACACAGCAACUUCCUCAAUACUAUUGUAACAAUGGGUUUCUACCAUAUAUUUGUAGAAGUACUUUUACACCUUUUUUUUCCUUGCUAUUUGACCACAUGUUUUUACAAGCUCUUUUGUAUUUUUGUGCUUCUACCACAU